CCUUUCGGUGUGUGGAUAACCGUCGAAAGAGCUCUCUGAAUUCGGCCCUUAGAGAGAUGUCGCUCGACAGUGGUCUCAAAUGUAAUGAGAGCAGUAUAUUAAAAAAAAAUUUGUUUGAAAUAUUUACCAUAGUUGUGAUUGUUUUGUUGAUAUAAUUAUGUGUACUUUCCGUAUUUGUUCGGGGGAGUAACACAAGAGUGGUGAAUCUAUGGAUAGUGACAAUACUCGAUUAGUCUGUGGCAAAUUUGAAGGUUUGGUGUAGGUUGCUGUGGCUUGCUGGUUAGCCUAUAAAUUUUGAUGUGUAGAAAUGGCAUCAACUUUCAAUGCAACAACAAAAUUAAGUGAAGAAGAACGCUUGGAGCUUCAGGAGCAAUUUUCGGCUAUUGACAAGAACUGUGAUGGCUUCAUUGACCUCGCAGAGUUAAAGGAUGCCUUAGAUGUGUGUGGUUUCAAACUACCAGGAUGGAAAGUUCGUCAGAUGGUUGAAGAAUUUGAUAGGAAAUACCCUUCCGUGCAUAAAGGCAGUCUCUCAUUUGAUGAAUUUGAGAAGUUGUGUACAGAUCUGAAAGCAAAUGAAGUUGCAAGUACUUUCAAGCAAGUGGUUUCAAAGAAGGAGAAUCUGGAGACAUUGGGUGGAAUGUCGGAUGCAUCUAGUGAAGGAACAACCCACUCUGUACGCUUGGAAGAACAGUUGGCAUUCUCUGAUUGGAUAAAUAGCAAUCUGGGGGUUGAUCCUGACUUAAAACACUUGCUGCCAAUUGAUCCUGAGGGCAAGACACUCUAUGAUAGGGUCAAGGAUGGAAUCCUGCUCUGUAAAAUAAUCAACCAUUCCUGUCCUGAAACGAUUGAUGAGCGAGUGAUAAACAAGAAGAACUUGACACUGUAUACUAAAUAUGAAAACCUUACACUUGCUCUGAAUUCUUCUUCUGCUAUUGGCUGCAACAUCAUCAAUAUAGAUGCACAUGACCUGUCAAAAGGAAAACCUCAUUUGGUAUUGGGUCUUCUUUGGCAGAUAAUAAGGAUCGGCCUGUUCAACCAGAUAACGUUGGAAAACUGCCCAGGUUUGACCACCCUGCUUUUGGAUGGCGAGAGGAUUGAGGAGUUGAUGAGGUUAUCUCCAGAAGCAAUUCUUCUUCGCUGGGUAAACUACCAUCUGCAGCGAGCAGGGGUUGCCAGGCGCUGUACUAAUUUCCAAGGGGACAUUGCUGACUCUGAGAUAUAUUCUCACUUGCUGCAUCAAAUUGCUCCAUCAGAAACUGAAGUAACUUUGCAAGCUCUGCUGGAACCAAAUGCCUUGGCCAGAGCAGAAAUCAUGCUUCAGCAAGCAGCAAAACUAGGUUGCAGAAGUUUUGUGACACCAAGUGAUGUUGUGAAUGGCAUAUACAAAUUGAAUCUUGCGUUUGUUGCCAAUUUGUUCAACAAUCAUCCUGGUCUGAACAGGCCCGACGGCAACAUCGAGGGGCUCGAAAAUUUAGUCGAAGAAACACGCGAAGAAAAAACAUAUAGGAAUUGGAUGAACUCCAUGGGUGUGGUCCCAUAUGUCAAUUGGCUCUAUUCUGACUUGGCUGAUGGCUUGGUCAUUUUCCAACUUUAUGAUGUGAUCAAGCCUGGAAUAGUCAACUGGAACAGAGUGCACAGAAAAUUCUCUAAACUUCGGAAAUUUAUGGAAAAGCUAGAGAAUUGCAACUAUGCAAUUGAACUUGGUAAACAGUUGAAGUUCUCCCUCGUGGGCAUUGCUGGCCAGGACAUCAACGAUGGAAACGCAACUCUCACUCUAGCAUUGAUUUGGCAGUUAAUGCGUGCCUACACAUUAUCAGUGCUGACUCAGCUGGCUAAAACGGGGAGUCCUAUUGUCGAAAAGGAAAUUGUGCAGUGGGUGAACAGCAGGCUGGCCUCUGCAAAUAAGAAAAGCAGCUUGAAAAGUUUUCAGGAUCCUUCCAUAGCAGAUGCACGAGUGGUAAUAGACUUAAUUGAUGCUAUCAGGCCAGGUACCAUCAACUAUGAUCUUAUCAAGGAUGGAGGUUCAGAAGAGGACAAUAUUGCAAAUGCCAAAUAUGCAAUCUCAACGGCUCGGAAGACUGGGGCCCGAGUGUAUGCUCUUCCUGAAGACAUAGCUGAAGUGAAACCCAAAAUGGUGAUGACUGUGUUUGCCUGCUUGAUGGCGAUGGAUUACAUUCCAAAUAUGGAUGUUAAACCAUCUUAGAUCCAGUUCUGGAACUGACUGCUUAGCAACAAUUAUGUUGCAUACAAUAACAGAAAAAAUUAUUUCCAAGGAGAUGCUGCAAGUUUCAGAUGCAUUUAUUAUGACAUUCCAGAACUACAUUUAUAAUCUAUACAUUUCUAGACCAGUUUUAUUUUUUACAACUUUUGUAUUAUUUCAUUGAAGUCAUAUUGAAUGUUAGAUCGUAUUAUGUUUAGAAAAUAUUGCAAUCAACUAUUGCUGAUUAUCCAUAAAAGUUUUAUAUGCUGUUUGUCAUAUUAUACCAUUAUUGUAAUGUAAAUUUUGUAAUGCUUUUUGCUACCAUGAAAUUAAGCAUUUUGUGAAUUUGUAAAAGGGUAUUUUAUACUGUCUCAGAAAAGUGAUUCUGCAUUGUCUUUUAAAAAGCUCUCAUAUCUGUGUGUGAUUGUGAGACACACAGUAAUAUUUUGUAUAUGAUGUAAAGAUUUACAUUAUUAGUAGUUAGUUUCUAUAUUUUUACACCAGUACACAUCUUUUAGAGUGAGAUGUUUUCUGCACAUUUCCACAUACCUUAUGGUGCUAAUUUGUUAUGUUAACAUUCCAUCUAGCACUAAAUGUUUAAAAGUAACCUAUUAAUUAUUAAUAAGUUUAUAAUUUAAAUAUGAAAUUUUUGUGUAGUUAGUUAAAAUAAUCUAUUAAUUGUUAAUACAUUCAUAAUUAAAGUAUAAAAUUUUCUUAUAACUGUUUUGUUAACUUGGGGUGAUUUUUUUUUUUUAAUGGAGGCUUUUCUCGAUUCGAGGUAGACUGCAAUAUUUAUUGAAUAUAAAGAAGGAAAA